AAGAAAUAAAAAAAAUUUAUCAGGCUGGUGGAUGGGAAAAUUUCUUUUCUUGGGAGGAAGCAGAGGAAGCUGCUAACGAACAUUUAGCAGCCCUUCAGGCCGCCAAGGAUGUGGAAGAAAUUUCAUUGUGGUCAGCUGGGCUACAAUACACCGAAAAGGAUACGGAAAAAUAUUAUGAUGUUUUGGGAUUGACAGAAGAUGCGACACCGGAAGAAAUUAAAGAAAGAUACAAUGAACUUUCUCUUCUCUAUCAUCCUGAUCGACAAAUAGGUAAAACAGAGAUCAAAAAAGAGCAAGCAGAAGAAAAAUUCAAAUCCAUAAAUAACGCUUACGGAGUUUUGG